GAACGUUUGUUUUUGUUUGUUUUCUGUCGGAAGAUUAAAAACGAUUCACCUUCGGGUGCGCCAUUUUGGCUCCAUGUGAGCUGUCUACUUGACAACCAGCAUGUUUCUUGUGCGUGAAGGUGACCGCACGAGUGAAUAAACCCGUUGAAAUGGCUUCGUUGCGUGUAGCGAGGAGGAUGUUCUGCGCGGCGGCAGAAACAGCAGCAGCUCCGGUCACAAGCAGCAGAUGGGAAAGGCUGAAAAACAGUAAAGCGGGUUCGUGGUGUCGCGGCCUGCUCUCGGACUACAAAGAGGCAUGUCGGGAGGUGGUUGUGGGCUCGUGGGAGCAACCGGUCAAAGCCUCAGUGUACGUCACUCUGCUGGGCGGGGCCUGGGCCUGUUUCUACACAAAACCUGACCGCUCGUCCUUUGACGCCACCCUGCUGGAGUUCUCCAACCAGCUGGGCCUGCUGUCACCGUGGAUCCGCAACGGCACCUCGGACGGCCACGUGCAGAGUCUAGUGAAGCUUCGCAACGAGGGCCGGCUCCGCCACGCCAGCCUGGGUCUCCUCUCUCUGGUUUACAGAGCCGACUACGACGCAGACGCCACGCUGUACGAAGCCCAGUGCUCCAACCUGUCGGUGCCCUGGAGGGAGCUCCCUAAGCGGAUUCUAGACGUGGGCUUCAUUGGCCGCUGGUGGGUGCUGGACUCAAAGAUGAAGAACUUUGACGUGAACGAGGACGAGUUCAAGAACCUGCCGGCACACAUGCAGGCGACAUCGCCACCCGGCGUUCAGGAGGUGGAAAGGAGCGAGAGGCUGCACAAAGAGUCGUGGUUAGCACUGACAAUGGAGGAAGAGGAGAAAGAACCUAAUGCGGUGGACAGAAAGGAGGAGAGCGUCAGCGAAGAGAGCCAAACACAAGCACUGAAAGAGGAACAGACUCAAGCGUAAGUGCUGUGUGGCUAUUUCACACUGCACAGCAAAAACAUGCCGGAUAGAGGACCGUACCAGGGUAGUUAUUCUCAUUUUACAUUCAACAAACCGCUUUUUAGCUUCCAUUUUCAGCCACGAACUGUCCAAACCGUUUACUGCCACCACAAACGGCCAAGGAAGGAGGAAACAUCCACAGCUUUGUUCUCGUCAAAUUAAAAGUAGCCCUUCAAGAUCUUUUUUUUCUUCGCUAUGUUUUUAUUUAUUCCCACCUGUUUUACAAGGUAAUGCAAAUGAUUUAUACCAUGUGUCAAUAAAUCUGUCAAUCAUCUGCA